UCUUGUAGAGAUAAGCGACACGGGUACACUAGUAGAUAAACCGUAUGUAAAACAUAUAGUUAAUUUUAACAGCAAGAACUUGUCACCCAGAAAUGAAUAUACUGGCGACAGGUGCCGUCUGUCGGCUUUGAAUCGUAUGCUUGAGAGGUAGCAACUGGGAACCUGUCGACUAUGUUGGGUCUUUCGCGGCUCUCGGUGGAGGGGAAAGUGGGAAUCACCACUGGAGUUGUGUUCUUCUCUAUGCUCAUCUCGAGGACGCUACUCUCGGACCUCGUAGAUAAAGAUACCCGCGCCUUGCUGUUCCGUGUACAAUUUCUGCUGUUCAUUAAUUCGCUUUUGCUCAUUGGCUCACUUUACAUAUGGAAGCGUGUAGUGAGGCGAUUGAGUGGCUCAAGAGGGGUAUCCUCAUGGUCUCAGAUGGUGUGGCGCACGACAGUAUUACUGUUUCUCGCACUUGCACAUGGCAGUUAUUUAAGCAUGUUUUUCUUGGUUGGCACAGAACCGCACUGGCUGGCAGUACUUAGCUUCACUUGUUUAGGAAUUUAUGUUAUACUGUUAUUUUUCCUGUUAACGUUUGGUUUCAUUAACCGCAUCCACGGGCUAUUUAAGAGUAGCAUGAGGGACCAGGAGCAAUUGGUCGGGAGUUCAACAAGACAAACGUGGCUGGCUCUGAUUGUCACCGCACUGUUAACUGUAUAUGGAUUAGUUAAUGCAGCGCAACCGCCACAGGUGGUGCAGGUGGAAAUUCCUCUUGAAAAGAUGCCGCAUUCAAUGAGUCCACUCAGAUUAGUUCUACUGUCAGAUAUCCAUCUAGGGCCCACUAUUGGCCGCUCCACUCUGCAACGCAUCAUUACCAUGGUGAACCAGCUGGAACCAGACUUGGUGGUGAUUGUAGGUGAUUUAACAGACUCUCAAGUUUCUCAGCUGCGUAUUGCUGCAGAACCAUUGGGGCUUAUGAAGUCACGGCUUGGUUCCUUCUUUGUCACAGGUAACCAUGACUACUACACGGCUGAUGUGGAAAGCUGGUAUGAGCUCUUGCGCUCAAUGGGAGUGGAGCCUCUGCACAACAGUAAUGCCCGUGUGCAUCGUCCUGGACAGAGUCAGGACUGGAUCUGUCUCGCUGGAAUUGACGAUCUGGAGGCCAGCAUGCUGCGAUACCCUGGUCACGGGAUGGAUGUGGAGCAGGCACUGAGUGGCUGCAGUACAGAACAUCCUAUUAUCCUCCUGGCACAUCAGCCCCGAGCAGCUAAACAGGCGCUGCUGCAGAGACCAGAUAUCAACCUGGUGCUGUCAGGUCACACUCACGGUGGACAGUUGUUCCCUCUCACUAUUCUGGCUUUCCUGGCAAAUCCAUUUUUCUGUGGACUGUACCGUGUUUCGGACCAUACUCACAUCUACGUUACACCAGGAACAGGUUAUUAUGGCAUUCCCAUGAGGAUUGGCAGCAGGGCGGAAAUCACUGAGAUCAUACUCAGACCUGCAUAGACAUACACUUCAGUGGGAUCCAACUUAAAACUGCCAAAAGAGAUGCACUAUAGACACACCAUAUAUAGCCAUACAUACAUGUCCAUGUCUCUGGAUCUCCUUGUAUGCAUGUAUGGAGACGUAUACAAGAGUUAAAAUGCAUUUUUACCCAUCUGCCCUGAACAUAUAUGUCAGAUGUCACUGGCUUGACUGCCAUACAGAGAAUGCCUCUUUUAGACUGACUGAAUACAAAUUUAGAAACUGUUUCUCUCCACUAUUUCUCUUUUCAGCGCAGGAAUUAGUUGAUGGAAUGACUGGAUUGUGCCAAAGUUUAAAAUACGGAGAAUAAUAAAGUAAUUUUAAAUACAAAAGUAAUGUUUAAAAAUAUGUGUGAGAGUAAGUAAAAUUCUGCAACACUUGACUCAAGUACAGAAUGAAAUAUUCGAGAAUCUAUGCGAAGAAAAAAGGAGAAAAACAUACAUCCAUAAAAUAGUGUAAUUCAAUGAUGUACACACAUUAAAUCCUUAACUCAGUCAAAUUUUGACAAUACUUUGAUAUAAGUUGUGUGUUUAGAAAUAGCAUACACCAACAAUCAGAACUAGUACUGCGUGCUACAGUACUAUAAGCUUCAUAGUAUUGGAGUAGCUACAUAUAUAGAACUUAAAAAUUUUGUUUUGUAAUGUACGUAACACUGGAUUGAGGUCACAGUAAUUCUUCUCAGCAUCCACUAGUAUUUUUAACAUAUAAUCACAGGGCAACCACUGGGGCCAAGAAAAAAAAGUUUCCAAAAGUGUCAUAUUAUCUGAGCCCCGUUUAUUUCAAUGGCAGUCUGUGAAAAUGAGGCCCUACAAAGAAGUCUAAGUUAUGUGCAUUAUAAUUAAAAAGUGAUUAUUAUUCAGCAUGGACUUUCUGUUUAUGUUUGGUACGUUCUUCUCAGGCCAGUAUAUCUAACAAAAUCAGGUAAGACUACUUAAAUGUUAAAUUCAGUCACUCUUGGGUGAC